UAUAAUCGUUUGCAUCCAUGCGCUUUACUAAAUUGUGAUCAGUAGCGCAGAAGCAAGUAUCGGGAGUAGUUGGUGGGUGUUAAUUUUUUUUAUAACAUCUUACCUCGUUUAAAAGACGAGUGGCUGAUACGCCAAGGAAGAUACUCGCUGUUGUACUUCCGCGUGUACGUGCCCGAAAAAUGUAAUAUGGCGAUGGUCGCGUCGAACAUGAGCGGCCACAUACAAAAGCAGCUCACUAGAAGUCUUGAGCGAAUUCUGGAAGAAGCACACUUAAGUGGUGAGCUCAAGCUUAGCGGUCGAAAACUUAAGGAUUUUCCAAAAGUCGGAAAAACAGGCUCUAGUAAAUAUAAUCUUCAGGAUACAGUUAUUGCCGAUUUAUCGAAGAACCGUUUCGCCGAAUUGCCGGAAGAGGUGACGGAAUUCCUGUUCCUCGAAAAGCUCCAUCUCUACCACAAUGCCAUAAGAAUAAUACCGGAAACUGUGGUGAUGCUACAGUCCCUCAACUACCUCGAUCUUAGUCGCAACCAAUUGACUUCUCUACCUCGGGAGAUAUGCAGGCUACCGCUGCAAACGUUAUUGGUCGCUCACAACAGAUUGGCAUCUCUGCCGGACGAAUUGGGCAGGAUGUCGGCGUUGGCCGAGCUCGAUGCGGGAUGCAACGAAAUCACGAAUCUGCCACCCCGCAUGGGCGAUCUCGCGCGACUUAGGUCCUUAGAUUUGAGGAGCAACAUGAUCGUGCACCUGCCUAUAGAACUGACGUACCUGAGACUCGUAAAGCUGGAUAUCAGCGGCAAUCGAAUAUCCGUGCUUCCGAACGAGAUGAGGAAAAUGAAGAGUCUGGUCGAUUUUCGGUUGUCCGAUAAUCCUUUGACCUCGCCACCUGCCUCGUUAUGCAUUCGCGGGCGAACGCACAUCUUUAAAUAUUUGGAGAGACAGGCGGCGAAACACGAGAGAGCCAGAGGUGGCCGCGCUAGGAGGACACCUUUGGAUGUUAGAGGUCACGCGACUUUGGACACGAGGACCCACAGGCGACACAACGUAGACAGUGGAUACAGCACGAGCGACGGCGUCGACAAACGCUGGUCUCAAGAGAUUCACAGCGCGGUGCACGACGGUGAGAUUCGAGGGUUGUGGCGUCAAGAAUGCUCGCCCCUUUCGAUCACGUUGCCUCACGAGACGGGCGUGAAUGGAUCCUGCAGCGGAACCUCGACUCCUAGUACCAUCUCGCCUGGCGAGCACACGUCUCUCGAGGAUGAGCUCGGCAAGGCAAUGAUACUGCACGAUCAAUUGGAAAAGAGGAAAUUAGAAAGGAGCACCUCGGAGAAUGGUGCCGAUGUCAGAAGACCGAUGACCUCUGGUUUCUAUCACGCGUCGAUUACGCCACCCGGUCCCCUCGAAUCCGCUCAUCUGAAUCAAACGUUGCCGGUAUCGACCAACACGCAAUCCGUGCAACCGUUGCAAACUUCGACCUCUACGAACGCUACCUCGUUGAUGAACGGAGACGAGAAAAGGCCGCUCAAUCAUAUUCAAACUUACAGAGAGUAUAAAGAGGCUUUGAGACAACAAAGGGCAAACGAAGGGCCGAGCGUGUACAGGCCGCGAGAACAAGUUACACCGCCAGGCAACGAAUCGCAGAACAACUCGGAGACGACGGAUUCGGCUAGUAACAAAGACGCGGUUGCUUUGACCGGUAAACAGAUCUUCAACGAGGAGAACGCGACCAAGAGACCGGUGCAGAAGGUAACACCGUCACGCAUCAACUAUCAGAACACGCCGAUUAUCAACGGUAGCAAUAACGAAUACAACAAUAAGAACGGGAAAUACCUCGAGCAGCCGUAUAAGAAGCCUAAUUCGCCGAUCAAAACAUCCUCGAGCAUUUUAUCUUCCAACACGAGUCCAGGACACGCACCUAGAUUAGUCAAAACCGCUGUUGGUUACGUGGAAGGUAACAAGAGUCCGAACAGGAACGGUGGAAGUCCAAAGUCUCCUCGAUCGGUUACGUGGAACAGCAACGUGCCGGAAAAAUAUUCGUUCACCAUGAGAAGAGAGUUCGAGCGUGCCAAGGAGGAAGCUGACUUGAUCGAGCAACUUCGAAACCAUAUUGAGACACGGUUGAAGAUGGCUUUGCCGGAAGAUCUCGCCCCGGCGCUAACGGAUGGUGUUGUACUUUGUCACUUGGCAAACCACGUAAGACCCCGAUCGGUUGCCAGUAUCCACGUUCCUUCGCCAGCUGUGCCCAAGUUGACAAUGGCAAGGUGCAGGCGUAACGUCGACAAUUUUCUCGAAGCGUGUCGAAAGAUAGGCGUUGAUGAGGAGGUGUUAAUGGACGCGGACGCAAUCAUGGACGUGGGUUACAUGGACGCGUACGGGCUGGAGGCUCUGGCGCGUCUCGUCUCCGCUCUUCUCCUUUUCCGUGACGAGGGGGAGAACGAUAAGAACGAAGAAUCGGCCCCAGGUUCAUCCCAUACGAUUCAGGAUCGCGUUUUAUCCGCGAUGCUUUUUCUCACAUUCCUAUCCUCCCUCGUUCUGCUCUAUUUAUUCCCCAUUCCCGAUUAAAAAUAAGAAAAAAGAGCGACCAAGACGAGCACGCCAGAGUGCAAAACGAUGGAACAAACGACGCUCGCAAGAGAAAAGCACAAUCGAAGAUUACAAUCUGGGAUUACUCCGAUAUAUAUCGAGUAUUAAUAACGAGAUUUGACAAGCGCGAUACGCGACGCGACGUGGCGCGACACAACGACUCGGCCAGAACGAUUUCUUAGAUAAUUUCAUCAGUAAUCGGUAUUUCUCGAUUCGUUUGCCAAGCCGUCGAGUCGCCCGAGAUAUAAUUUUAUCGCGCGACACUCCCCUCGUCUCUUCCAUCCAAUUUAGUGUUCUUAGAGCGGCACGAUAUUUUUAUAAUUUCUCUCUCUCUCUCUCUCUCUCUCUCUCUCUCUCUCUCUCUCUCUCUCUCUCUCCCUUCCUUUUUCUUUACAUCCUCUCGUUUGCUUUACGUCGGGGUGUGAAGAAAACGGGGUCGAGUGUCGCGCGGAAUCAUCACCUCCUUGGCUAAUUGCGAGCUUAUUUUAACCACGAUACACAAGAAACGGGGAAAAUUGUAUCCAAGUUAUUUAUCGUUCGAUUUUUCGAAGUGUCUCGUUCUUUCGAUUCGAUGUAAUUUCUUAGCUUUUCUUUCUAUUGUGAUUUUUAAUUCAUUUCGUUAAAUGAAUCGUCAUCGAAUUCACUCGAGACACUCGAAACUUUUUGAAGAAAUAUUCUUGAAGACAAACGUUAGUUUAAUCCAAUGAGCUAUUUCAAAAGAAAGCUUUGCUUGUACGUUCGACUUAAUUUAUAUUCGAUUCUCAGCUCUAGCUUAAAAUUAAUUAGCUUAGGGUUGUUCCGUUUGUUUGCCUCCAUCGUUGUGGCUUGAGGGAGACGCUUAAAAAUUCCGACGAAUUAGUAUUCGAUAGGCCCUUAAGUAUUCGAAAGGCAGCUUGAAUCAUUACAUUUAGUCCGCCUAGUUAUAGAGAGACCGCUACGUAGUGCGUAGGUUAGUUAACCGUUUUUUGUUUUGGCAUAAGGUGUUCGACAAGAACUCGAGCAAAUUAUAUUUCGUUCUCGAGUUUUGGUCGUUAAAUACGAUUAUUUCACGAUGAAAGAAGGUAUAUAAAAAAAAAAAAAAAAAAAAUCAAAGAGCGCAAUCAAAGUUGAAAAGACGCUCGCAUAUCAAAUGGUAUCGCCUGUAUGUAUGUACCUUGAACGAAUGAAUCGUUCGUUUUGAUCGCUGGAAUCGUUACGAUCGGUGGGAUCUAUCGUCGAACAAGAUCUAUCGAGAAAAUAGUAUUUUGCUACGCGAAGGGAUGAUGGCCGAAAUAUGAUUAAUUGGUUAUUCAAUAAUAUUUCGUUCGGGAAAUUUCUCAUCUUUCAAUGUUUUUAAAUUCUGAUUUUUGUUUCGAAUAUAUAUAUAUAUAUAUAUAUAUAUAAAAUCUCUUUCGGAAUCUCUCGAAAUCAUUAUUGUGGAAUCAAGGAAAAUAACGAAACGAAAACGAAUAGAAACGAAUUUUUUAACUGUGUAUUCUUAACGGCAUCAUCCAGCACACGUAACGUGUUUUGAAUCACCAAGAUGGCGAAGUUCAAAGAGAUGAAAGGGGAAAGAAUCUUCGUGUGUACCUCAAAUGGUAGUAUUUUUUUAUUGUUCGACCAAUAUAAAUCGCCUACGGCUCUUUCAGGAUUGAUGGGUCUGUGAUAGGUAGCCUUCGAGUACUACAGGAUUCGCAAACAAGGUGCUAGAAAUCUCUUUAUGUUCAAAGAUUUCCUAUUUUGGUACGUAGGUUUAACGCACAAUUCGAACUCGAAAAAGGAAUUCUUAUUUGACAUUGUUUUAUUGUUUACGAGUUACGAUCCCUCCCCGAAGGGAUCGCGGCAACGAUAAAUUUUGCUUUCUCUCGCUCUCGAGAUGAAAAUGAGACAAGAAAAUUUUUUUCGUUGGAAGAGGAACGUUUAACGAGAGCGCUCACACCUCACACCGACCAAGCAAUUCGGUCGUAGCCUAAGAUAAUCUCCAUAUUUUCGUAUAAUUCGCGUUUGACAAAGAAAGAAAGAAAGAACAAAAAGAAAAAAUAAAAAAAAAAAAAAAAUUCGUAGUAGACGUAAAAUACGUAUAUCGUUUAGAAUAUACACGCGUCUAAUUUAUUCUACAUAUAUUCGUACGAUAAGAGUUAUAUUGUAUAUGAUAAGGAAUUUGAGGAGGAACGAAUCGCUUAGGGUGCGAUUACAUUUGAGAUUAAAAUUUUCGAAAAUCGUUCCCGUUAACAAUUCUCGAGAGUUUUAUUUUUAAAUAUAUCGACAUCCUCAGAUCGAGUCUUCGAAUCGCGAGAAAUCUUUGCUUCCGGUUGUCACUCCACGGACACGCGUCAAGUUGAAAAACGAAUUGUUUUGCAGUAGUUUAGUGCCAAACGCGUCAGACAGUCGAACCGUGUAAGUACUUACAGACAAUACGCAUCGCGACUCUGUUUCUCCCAGAUGCACAAUUUCACAUUGCUGCUAGCGUGUCGAACGAAACAAUACGAGUGAACACGUGCUCCCACAACGUAUUCUAAACGAAACAAUUCUGGGAAAUCGAUCGAGAAUGUACAAAGAAAGAAGACGAGAAACUAAAUGGUUUCCAUUACGGUCUAAUACUUGAUGAUUUACUUGUAGAAAAUUUUUUUUUUUUAUACGGUUGACUCUUUUUAAUACGAAAAUAUUCUGUAUUUUGAACUAAUAAUGAUCGCAUAGAUGCGCGUGUUUACAAGAUAACAGUAACAUGACGUAAAGAACGAAUACAUAUAUUGCAAGUAUGUCAACGUACCAUCAAAUUCAAGGCGAGCUGCAUCUUCCAGAAUCAUUUAUUCAGUUUCUUUUCGUUUCUAUUCGCGCAGCUCGCAUCGAUCAGCGGCAGAAAGUUUAUUUCUAGUCUUUUGUGUAUUGUCCUUCUUAGAUAUCUACUCCUAUCUGGUUAUAUUUUUAUUUUUAUUUUUUAUUAUAUAUUAUAUAUUUUUAUUUUUAUUUUUUAAAAUAUCUUGAAAUAUAGGUUCGAUAGGUUUUUUAACUUUUAAGUAAAAUUAGGAAAUUUUAUUUACCUAAUUUGUACAGAUCUUAGAACAAGAUCUAAUUUAUUUUUCUUAUAAAAAUUUUAAUUUUUACAUACGUUUCAAAGCAGCUAGAUAGGAUAUUUUUCAUUAAUCAAGAAGAACAAUAUUAUUUAAGUUUAUCUUCAGGUAUUUAAGUUUAUCUUCAGUUCUAGUCAAACUCGACUUGUUCUUUUUUUAUUAUAAUCUUUGUUUUCAUCUAAGUUAUAUACGUUUCUUAUUCACUGGUGACUUAACGCUUAACUCGUUACUUAAUUUUAUGUUUGUUCCUUUUAUAUGUAUUCUUCCACAUCUUUUCCGAUCAAUUUCGUCGUCAUUCGUCGACUGUUUGGGCGUGUAAAGUUCUCAUUCCUCGAAAAUAGAACGCGUUUAAGAAAACUAAUUCGUACUAAAACACAUUAUUUCGCACAACAUCAGGUUCAAUGACGACAAUUAUGUAUCAGUAUUAUUUCUUCGUGUUACAGAUCGGACAAGACUUAAUUGCAUCGAAUUAAUCGCAACCAUAAGACUGCUUAUUUCAUUUUAGUUUAUCGUCUCUUCUGUGCCCUGCCGCAAUGGUUUUCUUUUCUUUUCUUUACGAUUAGUUUUCGCUUCCGUAAGAGGCUGCGUCCUUCUCUCUCUCUCUAAUCGCGGAAAGAUGAAAAUGACAGAAAAGAGGCGCGAUAAGGAGACCGAACACGAGAUCAUUCCGUUGCAUUUUAGCUUGUAUAAUUGUAUAAUUUUUGUAAAGAACAGAGAGAAAAGAGAGCGUAUAUAUACAUAUUAUAAAAUAGAGUAUAUUAUAUUAUAUUAUAUAUAUUAUUAUAUUAUAUUAUAUUAUAUUAUAUUAUAUUAUAUUAUAUUAUAUUAUAUCAUACUGUAUUGUAUGGACCACAGAUAUAUGGUACGUUGAUGCUACGUUUCUCUUUGGUUUUUUAAAUUGUAUACGUCGCAGACUGUGAGCUUAAAAUCUUAAUCGCUUUUUCUAAACUCGGUGCUUCGUUUUUUAUAUCUUGUUGUUUUUUUAAGCUUAAGCUUUCUUGUACAAUUUUAUCGGAAAGGGAAUAAUUUUUCCUCUCUAUUGUUUAAUUCUCGGAACGAUCGCGCUCGUCCAACGAUUCAACAUCGUCCACACGUACGACCAAUCUUUUCGUGAUCGUUGAACGAUCUACGACACGAUCGCUGAAUGGAACGCGAUCGUUCUUUCUGUAUCUCUCUCUCUCUCUCUCUCUAUUUUCUCUAUGAUCGAAUCUGGAUUCGCGACCACGUUCGCCGAAUGAUUUCACGGUGACUGUGAUAACGGUGAACGUGGGCGGUGUAUCUCUUGCUUCAUUUAUACACGCUAUACGCACAAAGGGAACACGAUUACACUGCCAGAGCGAGUCGAUUCCGAUUGCAAUUCAUUGGAAAAUGGAAAAAUAAGAUAAAAAUUUUCGUACACCACGUUCACUUGAUCCGAAAAUCCUGAUUUUAAUUUCGCCCACAUGGAGCAAUUCUUUCGAGGAAAAAUCUCUCGAGGGGAUGAAAUGAAAUCGUGGACUUUCACCAUGUUUUUUGGAUAAAUGCAACAAUUUCAUCUGCGAAUAUUUUUUAUAAUAAUAUACUUUCCGUAUACUUAAGUAUUUUAAAGAUUUCAUCUUUUCACCGUUAAUUGAAUUCAUAUAAAGUGUACGAAGACUUUUUUACAUCAUUGUACAUCAUCGGCUUCAAUCCUUUACGCUUGGACUUUGCUCGAGUCCCCUAAUUUUUACAACACUUUGUAUUGCGUGAAAGAAAGAAUGAAACGCGCGAACUCGUACAAAUUCGAUUCCUUGGAGAAAAAGAAAAAAAAAAAAAAAAGAAAAAUUCCGAGUCGCGCAUCUCUUUGCGUUCCUACGUUCUAUAAUCUCGCGUCCCGGAGAACAAUCGUUGGGAAGCUCUUUUUCUCACCUGAUCGAAUAACAUUGCUACUAUGAUAUUCGAUUUUUCACUCGAGAGAGACGUACUCUGUAACACCGAUUGUACGACUACCAUAACGAUUGUAAUACUAUUUCCACUGAUAAUAAAAUAUUCUUUUGAUA